AUGAAAGAUUUAGGGGAGCUCAGAUUCUUCUUAGGCAUAGAAUUUGCCAGAAGUAAGGCUGGUAUUCUAUUGAAUCGGUGGAAAUAUGCCCUUGAUUUGAUCUCUGAUUCAGGGCUAGGUGGAGCAAAACCAGUGUCGACACCACUGGAAGUCCAUCAGAAGCUCACAUUAGUGGAAUUUGAUGAAGCUACGAAGACUAAGGAUGAUGAGGACAUUAUAUUGACAGAUGCCGAACCUUACCAAAGGCUGGUAGGAAGGUUGCUCUACCUUACCAUAACCAGACCUGAUAUAGCCUUUGUGGUUCAGGUUCUGAUCCAAUUCAUGCACAAACCUAAAAGGUCACACAUGAAUGCAACCCUAAGAGUCAUCAGAUAUGUGAAGAAUGCUCCAGGUUUGGGGUUAUUGAUGUCCUCUACACAAGCUCACACUUUGGUUGCUUACUGUGACUCCGAUUGGGCAGCCUACUCACAGUCCAGAAAAUCAGUCACAGGGUACAUUGUGAAGUACGGGCAAUCACUUAUUUCUUGA